AUACGAUUUCUGCGCUCCUGUUCGGCGUUUUCGCUACCCCCCCCCCCCCAGCGAGCCCCUGUACGACCAACCCUCCCGCCGCGCCGCCGCUCGCCGCGGGCCAUGUACAAGCUCCGCGGCCGUGGCGGCGGGCGCGGCGGCAGCGGCGUAGCAAAGCGACCGAUGCCCUCCAACGCCCGCGGCCGUGGCGUUGCCUCCUCUAUCGGCGGGAUGGCCGGGCCUCCUCGCAGUCGCGCCGCCGCCGCCGCCUUGAAACAGCCGGUGGGACGCGAGGAGGCGUUCUGCCUCGAGUCCAGCGGGCUGCCUGCCUUUGCGGCUAUAAUACGGCUGACGCCCGACCUCGUCGACGAGAUACGGCGGACGGAGGAGGCCGGUGGAGGCGCCCGCAUCAAGUUCAACCCUAACAUGUACAACUCAUCGGAGAACGUUAUAGAUGUUAGUGGUAAAGAAUUCAAAUUCACCUGGGCAUCUGAACGAGGCGAAUUGUGUGAUAUUUAUGAAGAACGUCGGAGUGGAGAGGAUGGAAAUGGGUUGCUUCUGGAGUGUGGCUCUGCUUGGCGCAAGGUGAAUGUGCAACGCAUUUUGGAUGAAUCAACAAAGAACCUUGUGAAAAUGCGCUCAGAAGAGGCUGAACGUCUCUCAAAAUCUCGAAAAUCAAUCGUGCUGGACCCUGCCAAUCCAUCUGUCAAGAGUCAGGCCAAGUCAAUGGCUGCUGCAGCUGUAGAAGGUAAUCCACGGAGGAUGCACUGGAAGCAGAAGAGCGAAUUUCUUAAGAAGAAUAAAGCUGCUGUUAUCACCCCAACCAAAUCAGUUUUGAAGGUGAAGUUAUCUAACAACAUCCCCAAAGGGAAUAUCUCAAGUUCACCUGCACCUUCUCCUGAACAACCUGGAGAAAGCAAUCCUUCGUUUCCUGUUGGAUCAGAUGCAAAUAAUGAAGUCAUAACACCUUUUGAUUUUAACAAAGAGGAAAACAGUAAAUAUGAGAAAUCAGUUAGAAAUAAGAUGUCUAACAAAGAUAUAAAUCGCCGAGCAAGUUCUCAUGCUGCAAAUGUGGAUGAUAAUACAAAUGAAGUGCGAAGCUACUUGAUAUCCGUGCUCUCAAAAAAUCCAAAAGGAAUGGGCCUAAAGGCCUUGGAGAAAGCUGUUGCAGAUGCAUUUCCAAAUGCAUCAAAGAAAAUACAGAGCAUCAUCAAGAAUAUUGCAAAUUACCAAGGACCUGAGAGGUAUGUUCUGAAAUCAGGGUUGGAGGUAGAAAGCUCAAAAAGUCAUGUAUCUGAAGGAGUAAGAUCCAUCAGUAAGAAAAUUGAGGAAUCGGCUCCAAGCCUGACGAUUGAUGAUCCUGAUAUAUGUGAGAGGAUUGACAUUGUGGGCUCCCUAGUUGCUCCAACUGAUGGAAAACUCAGUAAUGACAGUGAAGGUAAGGCUGGAACUUCCAGUGACAGUGGAAGCGAUAGCGAUAGUGACAGCAGUAACAGUGGAAGUGAUAGUGGGAGCCAAAGCAGAAGUGCUGCAGAAACUGGUAGUGGAAGCAGCAGCAAUAGUGACAGUGAUGGCUCAUCAAGCAGCAAGGAAGGAUCUGAUGCAGCUGUUGAUAUUACGAGUGAUGAUGACAAAGCAAAUAUAGCACACACAAAAGUAGUGGAUGACCUUAAUUUGUCUUCAUCGCCAAGAGAUUUGAAAAGACUCGAUGUUGAUGAUGAACAAAUUGACAUUGAAACAAAUCUUGACUACAGGAGUACAUCACCUCAUAUUGGUCUGAAUAAGUUUAAUACCGGUAAUGAUGAUGCAGCAGCAGAGGGCUUUAGUGCCGGCAACCUUAGUAAGCCAUCUGAAAUGUCAGGAAGCAAGAACAUGACGAGCACCAGAAUGGAUUCUAUUGGAGUUGAUACCAAAUAUAAUGAAAUGUCUUUUCUGGACAACCUUUUUGAUGACUCCAUGAGAAUAGCCAGUGAAAACUCACCCAAGGGGGAAGCUGGUCAAUUGACAGUGCAGCAUGUCAACAAGAGAAAAUCAACAUCAAAGGAUGAAUCAAAAUUUGGCCCAGUGAGUAUUGCUAAACCUAAAUUAAAAAGGUCUUCUGGCAGCGAGAACUCUACAGCAAAGCCUGAGAGUGCUAAAAAGGUCAAAGCUGACAUAGCAUCGUCAAUAGGUUCUUUAUCAGAGCACAAAAGAAGUUUACCACCUGAAAAAUAUAGCAAUGAUAGGUUUAACAAGGGGACAUGGGAUGUUAGCCGCCAUGCUUCACAAGAUAGCAGUCCUGCCAUGAAAGGAAGACCUUUGGCUCCUGGAAAUUUACAGAGGAUAGAUCAGAGCCCAAAUUUACCUGUCCCAACAAUGCACUCUGAGAGAACAAAAGAAAAUACUGUGAAAUCAAGUUUGAAGAAAAAAUCAGAUAAGUCGCAGAAACCAUGGCAUGGUAUGGAUGGUGACUUUGGGCCAGGUUAUUCACAUGGUGUAGAUCACCACGCUAAUUUUGAUGGCUCUGAUGAUUUUUCCACAAGAAAAAGGAGUAGACAUGGGAAUCUUCUUAUUGAUGAUAAAAUGUUUAAGCGUUCGAAGGACGCUAAUGCCAAUGUAGAUUCCAUGAAUUUAACCAAAAGUUCCAGAGAAACUGUUGUGCCUGAUGAAAUAACUGCUUUUCCUGAAUCUAAUGAAUGUAAUGGUGAGCAGUCAAAUUCUCAAAGAGAUAAUGUUGAGAGAUCACCUUACGGUAAAAAAAAGCUCCAGAGGGAGUUUUCUGAUCUUGAGUUGGCUGAACUUCGCAAGACUUCUUUGGAAAAUGACGAUGGAAGGAUAAGGAAGCAAUUUGAGAGUAGUUCCUCCAAGUCGCUUGAUGCUAAAUUAAAUGUAAUUAACUCCUACCCCAGUAUGAAUGACAGAAAGGUUCCUGUUACCGUCUUUAAUGAUACUAAGAGGAAACCUUCACCUCAAGAAUAUGGAAUUGGAGGCCAUAUAAACCAGGAAGGGUUUCCCAGGAAGGCAGCAGGGUAUGAGUUUGAUGAUAAUAGGCCUCAGCAAAAUAUUCCAGACAGUCAGCAUUUGCCAAGGAUUUAUAAUACAGAUUUUGAGAAUUUAAUAUAUCCAGAUAGUUCAGGAAAAACAAGCAAAAGGGAAACUAGGAUGACACAUGGUGGAAUGCUAGAGUAUGCUGAUAUCCAGAAGAAGAAAACAACCUCAAGGCUUCCACAGAAUGGUACUAAUAAUGUCAGAGUGUCUCGAAUGCAGAAAUCAAUAUCCCCAUCAGAUAAUGAUGAAAGAAGUAGGAACGACUCUUUGAUUGAGACAAAGACAGGUAGGAAGAGAAGGGGCAGUUCUUCAGAUGAUGAUAAUUUGUUUUUCUCCAAGUAUGAUAAAGAUGCUCCGGAGCUUAAAGAUCCAAUAAAAGAUUUCUCACAAUACAAGGAUUAUGUGCAGGAGUACAAUGAGAAGUAUGGGGUUUAUUCUUAUUUGAAUAGUCAGAUAGACAAAACUAUGUCAGAAUUUUUAAAGAUUCAGGAUGAUCUCAAUGUUGGAAAAGAAAGAGGCAAGGAACAGUAUUAUAACACCUUAGAAAGACUCAGAGACAUGUAUCAUGAAUCAGGAACAAGACAUAAAUUGAUGAAGAAGGUCUUCGUUUUGCUUCAUGAGGAACUGCAGAUUAUUAAGGAAAGAAUCAACGAUUUUACGGACGCCUAUUCAAAUGAUGGAAUCAAAGACAGUUCAAAUAUCAAUGGCGUCGCUGGAUACCUGCGCGGUUCCGCACAGGAGAGCAGAAGAAAUGAUUCAUUACUCAGGGAAGAGCUGGAGAUGAACGGGGCCGAGAAGCUGCGGUGGGCCUUCUCGGACGGCAGCGUCACCGAUCUCCUGGACGCCCGCAGCCUCCACGGCUCCCCCGACAUUAAGAAAAAAGUACAGUUCCAUUCUUCUCUAGUGCAAAAGCUUGCUUUGGAAAAGGAGAUGGAGGGUCACGUAGGUUGCGUGAAUGCCAUUGCGUGGAACUCAAGUGGUUCGCUUCUUGUAUCAGGAUCAGAUGACACUAGAAUUAACAUCUGGAAUUAUAAUAACCGAGAGCUGGUGCAUGAUAUUGACACUGGCCAUUCUGCAAAUAUCUUUUGCACAAAGUUUGUUCCAGAAACAUGUGAUGAAGUAGUAGUCUCUGGAGCAGGAGAUGCAGAGGUUCGUGUUUUCAAUAUGUCUCGAUUAAGUGGCAGAAGGCCUAGAGAAAUUUCUAUGGAACCAACAGCAGUUUACCAGUGUCACUCAAGAAGGGUCAAGAAACUAGCUGUUGAAGUUGGCAAUCCUAACGCAGUGUGGAGUGCAAGUGAGGAUGGUACUCUGAGACAACAUGAUUUUCGGGAGUGUAGUUCCUGUCCUCGUGCAGGAUCUGCUAACCAGGAAUGCCGUAAUGUGCUUCUUGAUCUACGGUGUGGAGCAAAGAAGUCUUUAGCUGAUCUACCCAAACAUCCAUUGGCACUGAAGUCUUGUGACAUUAGCUCUGUCUGUUCCCAUCAAAUCCUUGUUGGUGGGAGCGAUGCAUUUGCUAGGUUGUACGAUAGAAGAAUGCUUCCACCAUUGAGCUCGUGUCAAACCAAAAGGAAGCCACCACCAUGUGUUAAAAUGUUCUGCCCAUUGCAUCUUGCUGACAGUAAGAAGACAUAUUCACACCUUACACAUGUUGCAUUCAGCCCAAAUGGGAAGGAGGUUCUUUUAAGUUACAGUGGUGAACAUGUUUAUCUGUUCGAUGUUGACCCAGAUGGUAUGAGUUCUAGAUACACAGCAGACUAUGUAAGGGAACAAUUAUUUGUACCUCCUUUUCACAAAGUAUCAGCAAAAGGACAUGCAAAACAAAAGAAGGCUUCAGUAAAUACAACUUCAAGAAGUUUGUCUAGGGUAGAUAUGUGCAAGAAAUUUAUGCAAGUCGCAACAAGAUCUCUGGAGACAGGUAAGAACUUAAUGCUUGGGAUUGAAGCAUGCAGUGAAGUCCUUGAAUCAAUGGAACCUGAUAUUGACGAUGACACGAGGCACGAGUUUUUGUGUACUCGAGCAGCAUUGUACCUAAAGAGGAAAUGGAAAAAUGAUGUUUACAUGGCGAUUCGAGAUUGCAAUAGAACGUGGAAGAUUGAUGUCACAUCGUAUCAAGCACACUUGCAUAUGGCUGAGGCACUAUUGCAGUUAGGAAGACUGAAGGAGGCAUCUGAGCAUGCAGAGGUGGCAAAUGGUCUUCUUCCACCUCAUUGUCCAUUGAGGGAGCAGGUGGAUGAUUUCAAGCAACGCAUCGCUUCAGCUGAGCUUGAGAAGAACAGAGCGGAUAAAAAUGGGAGCUCAAAAGCUGAUACUCAUGGAAAAUUACGCUCAUUGAGUGAGAUACUCUUUAGACCUGAUGUUGGUGGUUCAUCACAGGAGGGACGAGAAGAUUCAGAUUAUGAUGAUGAUACGGAAAUGGACUAUGAAACAACGGUAUCUGGUCAUGAAAGCCGAGAGAAUGAUCAAGGUGUCUUCCGGGGUAGUUUAAGUUUCCAAUUUCAUCAAAGAGAGGAUCAAACCAAUGUACACACUGAUGAGAAUGGGUCAGUUGAGUCCCCUCGAAAAGAUGAUUAUGCUUUUCAGUCAGAUGUUGCCAUUGAUAUGAAACAAAGAUAUGUUGCACACUGCAAUGUAGGGACAGAUAUAAAACAAGCCAGUUUUCUUGGUGAGCAAGGGGAGUUCAUUGCCAGUGGAAGUGAUGAUGGUAGAUGGUUCAUAUGGGAGAAGAGAACAGGAAGGCUUAUUAAAAUGCUUGCAGGGGACGGAGCUGUUGUGAACUGCAUACAGUCUCAUCCCUUCGACUGUGCCGUUGCAACAAGCGGAAUCGAUAACACAAUAAAGCUAUGGACACCCGAUGCAAAUGCUACAUCAAUGGUUUCUGGACCUGAACUUGAUGUAUUGAGUGCCAUAGAGAAUAAUCAGCAGAAGUUAUGUCGGAACCGUCACUUUGUACUGCCUUCUGAAUUUUUAGAACGAUUUCAGAUGCAUGAGUUUUCAGAAGGUUUCGAGUGUGCCCAGAGCUGAUUUACUAUCGCUGGAGCUGCUUGAGGAAAAGGGUAAUACUUGGAAGAAUGAUAUCAUCCAAGCUACAAGCAGCCUAUGUUUGAAUUAGUGAAAUCGGAAGGCCUUGUUGCCAUUAUAGAGUGUAGACGCACCUGGAUAGAUAAACAGGUGUGCCGGUGCUGAAACUAUUGCUUGAGAUGUCAAUAAACACUGGAAUUAUGUUGUUGUUUGGGGGUGGUAUAAUGAUUCAUACGUGUGUAAUGCAGUGUGGAUUCAUUCCCUUGUACAGAUUGUAGAUAGGUGAGAUUCUGCAAUAAGUGACAAUCACAGAUGUACAUGUGUGGUAUUCUUGUCUCUGCGUGCCGCAGGUAGGUCAUGCUAGUUUGUGGCUGACGAUUGGGGUAUAUCUUCUCUUAAAGACUUGCUGGGUCUGGAUGUGGUGUAGGAACUGUGUUACUUUAUGUUUCCUAAAUAUGUUACUCUUUCCAUCCCAAUUUAUAAUUCAUUUAAUUUCUUUUGUUC